CGAGCCGCGACGCGGCGAGCGCGCACCGCGCUUUACACAUAACAAUACUAAAAAAAAUUUUAUUGCAGCAAACCUACACUAUACAUACCGCAACGGCGACAAUAAUAGUUUAAGUAAAUAAGUGUAUAUCAGUGAAAGUCUCUAAACAAAUGUGACGUAAAGUGUGUUUUUAUAAAGUGAAAGUGCGCCGAAUUAGUGCCGACGCAGCCGCUCGACCGCACGCUCCGGUCCGAGAACUGGCGGGAAAAAAGUGAUUUAAAAAAAAGUGCCGACGUGACGUGAACUGGCCUUUGCGGAUUAAAAAAGUUUAAAAUUCGAGUUUAACACUGGUCAUCACAGUUGGAGCGGAAUCAAAAAGAAUAACUGUCAAGGCUGCAAGGAGUUGGAAGGCUGUAUAUAAUAUAGGGGAUAAAACCGCCCCCGGCGUUCGGCCAAUGGCGGGGAGGGUGCCGCCCUCGCGCGGCGUCGCGCCACACGUCGGCGUCGCGUUGCUCCUGCUGCUCGCAGUUGGGUCAGCGUCAUCGCGUCGGCCAGAGCCGUACUACGGCAGACUGAUCGGAAGGUUAAACCAAUACGCACACGGCAUCAAGGGCACCGUGUACGCCGUGGAUGAGAGCACGGUUUUCAUCAGGGGCUUCGCGUAUGACGGCACAGGCCCCGACGCGUAUUUCUGGGUGGGCGACACCCCCCAGCCCACACCUGAGGGUAUCCUUGUGCCCUACCCUGAGGAUUAUGACACUAGCAAAGACCCGCCAAUCUUGUUAGCGCACUCGAAUUCUGACAUCCUACUGCGGCUGCCGGCGGGCAAGCGGCUGCGGGACAUCAAAUGGCUGAGCGUGUGGUGCAGGAGGUUUACCGUGAACUUCGGCGAUGUAUUCAUCCCCGCGGGGCUGGACCCGCCGCGGCCGCGGGUACUGCCCGAGUUCAAGCGACUCGCGCACGGCCUCCGCUCGGGCAACAUCAGCGUGCUCGACGCCAAGACCUUCUACAUACCGAACCUGCACUACGACGGUGCUGGACCCGACGCCUACUUCUGGGUCGGCAACGGGUCAGAGCCUAAUCCUUUUGGAACUAAAGUGCCAAAUGAAGUAGGUUCCCUCAACCCUCUACGAGGGUACCAAGGCGAGGACAUCGAGAUCCAGUUGCCAGGCAAGUUGACAGCGUACGACAUCGACUGGCUAGCCGUGUGGUGCGUGGAGUACCGGCACAACUUCGGCCAUGUGUACAUACCCAAGGACUUGGACGUACCACCAGCGCUGGGACAGACGAAGAUCACUACAAGCUCUACCACAUCGCAAACUCCUUACACAACGACUAAUAAUUGCAAAGAGAUUCUCGAUAAAAGGCUGCAAGUCCGAUGGGAAGUGCAGGGCGACCAAGUCCAGAUAACACUAUCAGCGCGUCUGCGCAAAGACCAGUACAUGUCGUUUGGGAUAUCUGGGGCUGAAGGUCGGCCCGCCAUGCUGGGGGCUGAUGUCGUCGUAGCCUACUGGGACUCCAAAGGCAACCAGCCCAAAGCGUCGGACUACACGAUCACGCACCUGGCGCAGUGCGACGGCGAGCGCGGCGUGUGUCCCGACCACAAGCUCGGCGGCAGCAACGAUGUAGUCGUCGUAUCUGGCAGCCAGAAAAACGGGAUAACCACAAUAACGUACCGCCGUCCACUCGCCGCCAAAGAAUCCUCGAAGGACAAAGAAAUACUCACAUCCAGGUCUCAGUCGGUGAUCGCGGCCUUCGGACCCCUGAACUCGAAGCUCGAGGCAAACGCUCACUCCUUCAUGGACACAACCAGGCAUGAUGUACAACUCGACUUCGGAGCUACGAACGACAACACGUGCAUCGGGCUGGCGGAGCUGGACGAGCGCGGGCCGCAGCCGUGGGCGCCGCGCGUGCUCUCCGGACUCACCAACUUCACCGCCAGGAUCGGACCCGCCGGCGGCAAGCGCGGCUACACGCCUGUUACCGACCACGACAUUAUUGAUGGAUUCCUACCUUUCGGUCACCCAUCGUGGGGCAUCGCGUGGUACAUCAACGACCAGCUCAUCCCGGAGAUUUACGUGGAGCGAGGGAAGACGUACACGUUCUUUGUCGAAGGCGGCGAUGACAGAACCAAUCCAGCCAAAUACCAUCCGUUCUACAUAAGCGACUCGUCCGAAGGCGGGUUCGGCCAGAAGAAGGAAGAGGACCAACGCAAGCAGCGCGUGUUCGCCGGCGUCGCCUACGACAACGAGGGAUACCCGUAUCCCACGGCUGUGGGUCGGUACUGCGAGUGGACGCACAAGACGGUGGACCAGUGGGCGAAAGCGGAGACGUUCGAGGAGUACAUGCAGACCUUGCAGCUAGAGUGCAACAACGGCGAGCCCGCCGCGCUCAACUGGACUGUCGCGCACGAGACUCCCGACCUUGUCUACUACCAGUGCUACACACACAAUAACCUCGGUUGGAAGAUCCACGUGGUGGACCCAGGCACGGCAGUCCCAAUGCCCGGGGACCAGAAGGCUCGGAUGAACACGGCGACAACUUUCCCGCCAUUGUCAGCUCUCUCUCCGCUUGUCAUUAUGACAGCUCUACGCAACAUGGCUGCCAGAUAAGGAUUCGUUCGGUAACAAGCGGCGAGUUUCGUUUGAAAAAGAUUUUAUAUUUUGUAAUUCGAUGAGAAUAUUAUAAAAAAUACCUCCUUAUCAAUUUGGCAUUUAAGACAAUUUAACUUAUUGUCCUAAGUAAUUAUGGAAAAUAAAAGAUUUCAAUAACAUAAUUUAAAAAUAGGGGUAGGUAUUAGAGAAAUUAGAAACAUGGCAGUAAAUGCUACCUUUUGAACAAGAUCUCUGAAAAAUUACCUACCUUUUUUUUACACAAUACUAUGACACCAAAAAUUAAUAAAAAUAAUACAAUGGUGUUUUAAAACAGUUUAAUUACCAUGUAUAUGUACAUUGUUUCUACUAUCAUGAACGAAACUCGCCGCAUUUCCUCUGUACAGGUAAUAAAUUGGGUAACCACGUCAAUCUUACACGAUAUCAAUUUCAUAUCAAUCACUGAAUGCGUGUUACGCAUCUCUUAAUUAAUGUAGGCUUUGGAACCUUGUAGUAGAUAUCGUAAAAUGUGAUGCGUGGCCUUUCCAGAACAUUCAAGUGUAUUUAUCUGUCGUUGAUAUAUUUAUAGUAGUUUUAGAUCAUUUUAAAGAUUUUACUGUUUUUCAAGCUUAUAGCUGGCUGAAACUUAUAUCUACAAUUUAAUAUUUUACUGAUAUUAUAUUUAAAUUAUACUUAGAUGUAGGACAGAUUUUGGAAUGACGAGAAUUUGAUGGAUAGAUUUGGGCCAAAAUAAAUGUGACUGGGUUUUUCCAUCUUAAAAAAUUAAGUCGCAGCUCGGAGUUAGGAAGUUGUCAUAAAUUUAUAAAUUCAUAAAACUGUUCGUCCUACGCCUGAUCUUUCUCAGGUCAUGUCGCAUUGCCGUCUCACUGGACUAUGAGAAUGAAGGAACAGAGAGUGCACCUGUGUAUUGCACACACAUUUGUACACUAUAAUAUCUCCUGCGUACUUGGAUGAUCUCCGUUGAGAUCGACCGCCGUGGUCGAAAUUCGGUUAGGGAGAAAUCUAUCAAUUGUUUAAAGUACUUAGAAUACAUAUUAAGGUAUGAAAAGUUGUAAUUAUUCCAUGUAAUAAUUACAACUUUUCAAAUUCAAUGAACUAGCAGCCGAGCAAGCACCUAAGGUGAUGGGUACCAUUCUUUUUAUUAUCGUCCAUCAUGCGUGCUUGCUUGUACAAAAGAGAUAUUGAGCAAGUAAGUUUGUUCGACCUUAUUCUUAAAUAAUUGUGGAAGGGAGUUAAAUGGUAUAUAUUUUUCCUCUUCUAGUUCGUCUUGCAGGUCAUGUCGUAUAAUGACCACACAAAGCAAUAUUAAUGAAUGGCUGCUCAACUUAUUUAAAUUGUGAUUUAACAAUUAAAGCAGAACAGUACCUAAACCAUUCAAAGACUUUUCAGAUUGGUAACAAUAUUUUUAUAGGAUACGGAAAAGAGCCCUACGUUAUGCCUAAUUCGACUAAACAUAGAUAUGUGAAGGACAAUAACAAAACAAAUAUAAAUAUUACACAAUAAUUUUUAUAGCAUUAUAUAUCGCAUUUAUUACAUCUGAAAAGGUUACGCAUCAUUUAUUAUUUAAAAUAAUUAUAUUAUUAUAUUGAUUGGAAUUGAUUGCGAAGUGUUUCUGAACUAUCGAUAAAAAAAUCAAAUGUCAAAAAUAAAUGUUGCUACG